AUGCGUGGUUUCGGUCUUCUCCUCCUGCCCGUCGUUGCCAAGUUGGCCUCUGCCCAAUCUCAGUACACCAUCAAUGUCACUGCUGUUCCUGAGUCUACAAGAGAUGUCUGGUGCACCAACCAGCAGAAUGCUUGCCCUCUGAUCUGUCUUCAAACCGCUGCCAACUCUUCUGACACCAUUGAGAACGACUGUGACCCCGAGACCCUCGACUACUCCUGCAUCUGCGCAAACAACGUCGCCCCCAACGCCUCCGAGUACUCCCAGACUAUCCCUUACUACAUCUGUACCGAAUGGGGCACCGAGUGUAUCUCAGGAUGCAAUGGUAACACCGACUGCGAGUACAACUGCAGAGCCCAACACCCUUGCGGUGCUCAGAACCCCACUCGCGUCAACGUCACAUCCACCUCUUCCUCGGCAACAGCCUCAAAGACUGGUUCCAGCCAAGGCCAAUCCACAAACUCUGCCGGCGAGACCAUCUACUCUGGUCUUGGUGGUAGUGGUGCUGCUCAAACCAGCACCAGCAGCACCAAGACUGGCUCAGCUGCUGCUCUCCAGCUCGGCCAGGCUUAUGGUCUGUUCGCCGUCGCUGCUGGUAUCUUCGGUGGCUUUGCUCUUCUUCUGUAA